CCCGAGGAUCCCGCUUUGACCCCCAGAUGCAUCAACAUAACGCCUUGCUGGUUCCAACAAGGAUAUGAGGUGAAUGACGGGUUCAAACUAGAGGUCUCUGCCUCUUUGAAGGGCGACAGAAGCCUGUCCAUGAUCAUGGAUAUGCAGAGACCUGCCCUCCUUGCAUCUGCCACCUUGCGUGUCAUGCACCCUAAGCUUUAUUGGGCUUCCAUGAGGUCUCAUGUCGAACUUGGUCGUUGGUUGGAGGAGCAAGGCUUGCAUGACAUGCAUCAUUUGCUUAAGCAUUGGGCUUCUGUCUACACCAGUGCCACCAUCAUGUGCGACUGUCAGUCCCCUGACCACAGAGACCUGAAGUGUCUGCCAGAGGCAUUCGACAUAUUAACUUGCAUUGGGAGCUACCCACAUGCCGUCAUGCAGUUGACCAACCUCAGAAUUGAGCUGGUAUACAACCCAGGCGUCAUGGUGAGCUAUUCCGGCCACCUAGUCAGACAUGGCAUCCGCAUUGACAAGGGAGAUCGGAUGGUAGUAUGGGCUUGGUUCCUCCAGGAUAGUGUGCAC